CGUCAUCACUUCGUUUAAUCAAGUACCACCAAAAAUCUCGCGUUUAAAGUAUUAAAAUUUACCUUAAAAUUACCAUAAAAUGCCUAUAACCGGUUACGAUUCGCAUAGUGAAGGCCCCGGAUUCGUCGGGAUCCGUUUUUGUCAAGAAUGUAAUAAUAUGCUUUAUCCAAAAGAAGAUAAAGAAAAUAAAAUCUUGUUAUACGCCUGCAGAAAUUGCGAAUAUAAACAACACGCCGAUUCUAAAUGUAUUUACGUUAACAAAAUUAUGCACGAAAUUGACGAAUUAACUCAUAUUGUGCCGGAUGUUAUCUCGGAUCCUACUCUACCUAGAACGGAGGAACAUCCUUGUCCGAAAUGCCACCACCGAGAGGCGGUGUUUUUUCAAGCUCAAACUCGCCGAGCUGAAGAAGAAAUGCGACUUUAUUAUGUUUGUACGAACGCUCAUUGUUCGCACCGUUGGACUGAAUAAAGAUGUAUCCUAAUUGAAAUA